AAGCAUUCCGAUCCUGACACACUGCAAUGGAUAAACAAGAGUUGGCGGAGCAAAUAAAGAAGAAAAUAGAGGAAUAUACAACUGAUCAUGAAAAUUGGAAAGUUGUUAAGAAAGGGAAAGACGUGACUGUGUAUUGUCGGUCCUCCACUGAAUUCCAAGGCAAUAUUUACAAAGCUGAAGGCACAGUUGAUGCUAAGCCAGAAAAGGUGUUUGAAUAUGUUGAACCUAAGCCAGAUGGACUAAGGCCAAAAUGGGACAAGGCAAUCAAGGCAGUUGACACCAUAGAAAAGAUAGAAGAGGGUCUCAGUGUGAUGCGUACCUGCACCCACAGUGCUGCAAUGGGUCUGAUCUCCCCCAGAGAUUUCCUGGACUUGUGUCUAACAGUCAAGAACGAAAAUUCCAUUUGCACAGUUGCUGGAAGCAUUGAGCACCCAGAUUGUCCAGUUGAACCCAAGUAUGUGCGUGGUACCAACCAUCCAUGUGGAAUCUGCUGCUUCAGGAUAGAUGGGUAAGUAUUGUACAAAGUUAAAUAAUAAGGGGAAGUACAGGGUGGUGUAAAAUCAGUUGCAAACAUGUCACAUGCAAGAACAUCAUAAAACUAGAAUCAACUCCAGAAUGCAUAACUGGUAGUUUUACUGAAUGAUUUGUAUUAAAACUUACAUGUUAUAUCAAAACACUCCUAUUGGCUUGAACUUGUAAGACAAGGCUUGUGAAAUGAGUGACCAGAUAGGCUCAAAGAAUAUUAAUGUUUUUUAUCAGCAAUACUGAAAAAUUGUAAGGUGGUCCCACAUUUAAUGCUUAUACAUGUGCAAGCUGCCUUAGUUGAAGCAUUAAUCUUGAGGUUAAGGAAAAUGUACAGUGCUUAGGGUCCUAGAAGUGCUGCUAUUCAUUAAAUGGUUUAUCAA